AUAAAUCUACUUUCUUGUACAUUUUAGUAAUUAUUCGACUACUUAGCAAUACAUUACACAGAAGUAUGUCAGCCGCAGAAAAGCCGUCUUUUGCUUAUAAAUGGGCCUUAGCAUGCUCACUAUUAGCUUUGGUAUUUUCUAUCAUAGCGAUUGCCACGCCUGAAUGGACUGUGGAUGGAAAUAAAACCAUUGGGCUGUGGGUGAUAUCAGAUAAUGGCGAACAAUAUACCUGGACGAAUCAAGGAGAGUAUUUCGAACCUUUCUUUUAUACGGACUUCAUGCAAGCGUGCCGUGGAUUGAUGAUGAGCGGAGUCAUGGUGGCAGGACUAGGCUGUCUUUAUCACAUCUUCGUGUUAUUCAAAAAUAAGAUCAAUAUGACAUCGGGCAAUAUUCUGCUGACGUAUUAUUUGCUGGCUUCUUUUCUUCUCCUGAUCACUGCUGCCGUUUAUAGCUCAAUGAUCCCCCAGCCCGUGUGUAUCGAUGGUUCUACAACAUGUACGGAACUGAAUGAGAUAGAAAAGUAUAUGUACAGAGGAGGUUAUGGAUACUCGUUGUGGUUCUGUUGGAUCAGUGGAGGUCUGUUCAUGCUACCAGCGGCAUUGACUUACGAAGGAGGAAAGCAACGUAGAAAAGAAAAAAUGCGUGAUGAGGCUAGGCAGCAACAUAGCACGGAGGCGAUGUAACGAGCCAACAAAGCGGGACGCUGUACACGUUUAUACAUGCAAUACAUUUCUGAUUUAGUUCAAAAAUAAUUUCUUAAUUUUGGUUUAUAUUAUUGUUGCUGGCUAUGUUCUUAUAUAUACGAGUGCGACAUAGCUCCCUCGUUGAUUUGUUACUGACACAUUAAAUGUUAAUUUUGCUUUAUAAUACAAUGAUAAAAUUUAUAUAA